GAAAACAAAGGGGAAAAGAAAGAGGAAAAACCUAUAAUGCCCAAAAAUAUACCAAAAGCCCCUAAUCCGCCAUCGUUUCAAUUCGAAAUUCCCAAAUUUGCUGACGAUGGACCAAUCUCUAGAAGAAUUCGAGCCCUUGUUCGAUUACAGCCGCGUUCAGCCGAAAGAUUUGGUCUUUUUGGAUGAUGAGGAGCUGGACUCGUCCCCAAUCUACGUUCCAGUGAAGAAGAAGCAGAAGAGCGAUAAAGCGGGGAAAGGAGACGUUGGGAAAGAGGAGAAGCCGAGAGAAGAGAAAGUAGUGGUUUUGGAUGAUGAGGAGGACUGGUUGGCUCCUCCUCCGCCCAAGUUGACGAAUGAUAGGUCGGCCUUGGAAGAGGAUAGCACAAUCAAAGCAUUGCGGUUAAAGAAGCAAGAAUUAGCAUCAUUGGCUCAAUCUGCUGAGGAUAUCCUGAGAACAGUGACUGCAUCUACCAGAAGGGAUAUCAGUAACCCUGAAAAAAUUGAUCUGGAAGCAAUCAAGGAGCUUCCAUCAAAGAAAGUAGAUAGGAAAAAGAUUGUUAUCUCAAUUCAGGACAAGGAUGGACAAAAGCAAUUUCGCAUGUACAUGGAUGACAAUUUCUCAAGACUUUUCAAAAUGUACGCUGAGAAAGCUAAUCUUAAGUUGGAAAGCUUAGUUUUCAUAUUUGACGGUGAUAAAGUUAGUUCAACUGCAACACCAGAAGGCCUUGGCUUGGAGGAUGAUGAUAUGUUAGAAGUGCACAUCAAAUCUAAGUAAAGGUCCUUGCAAUCAAUGUCACAAUCAAUUUUAUUUUGUGUUUUGAGCUCGUGUUACUCGUGUGAUUGUAAUGAAUAUGUAGCUCAUCGGGUCACUCAUAGAAUGAUCUAUAACAAUCCUGUGAUAUAAGUUUUGGCAAGUUGUAAAUAUAGGUUGUUCUUAUACUAGCUGGUUAUAAUUAUUUUGAGGUUGGUUAGUCUGUUAAA